UUACGUCACGGCAAAUGGCGGACGUUGUAAACAGAGCCAGCAGCUUGUCGCAGGCCGAAGUGAAACAGCUCUUUUUAACAUGAAUAACAUCGAGACGGAGCGAAUGGACAGUCUGGAGGGCUGGGUGGCCGUGAAGAGCAACAUCUUUGAGGAGGCGGAGGCCUUUAAGCUGGGCUUCAUCGUCCAGUGGAACGUCAUCGAGUGUAAGUUCGCCGUCACCUGUCACAACCGGACGUUACAGCGGCAGCGACGCAAAGCCGAGGUGACCGUCUCCGAGGUUACAGUCUCCGGGGUUACCGGGGUUACCGGGGAAACUCAGGUGAGCUGGGCUGGACUCUUCUCCGUCAGCGACCUGAAACACGUCCACCAGCAGUUCACCUGCGUGGCGGACAUCCUGCUGACGUGCUUCCCGGACCUGUCAGAGUUCGAGGCGGGCAACAUCUGGGACCUGCUCUUCCUGACUCGGAGGUCAGGUCACCAUGGUGAUGAUGGUGAUGAUGAUGAUGAGAGGGACUUUGACGCGUCGUGUAGGAGACUGGAGAAAUACUUCAGCACAGCCAUCGACGUCUGCGGGAGAAAGAUAGUGCUGGAUACGUUGUUCACGCAGGACGAGAGGGAUGUGGAGGAGUACUUUGAGAACCUGCAGGAGUUCAAGAGGAAGACCAUGCAGAAGGAGAUGUCCAGGGCCAAGGGUCAAGUGCGACAGCACCUGCAGAGGCAUGGCAGCGCAGACCGAAUGGUCGCGCUGCUCGACAUCUACGAGGAAGAGGACGAGGCCUACCAGGACCUGGUCACCGUGGCUACCACCUUCUUCCAGUAUCUGCUCCAGCCCUUCAGGGACAUGAGAGAGCUGGCCUGCCUCUACAAGAUGGAGAUCCUGAAGUCUUUGGAGUUUGAGGAGUUGGGUCCCAAAAGAAUCGCAGCUCUGGAGAAGGAGGCGGAAGAGUGGAGAACGAAAGCAGACGACGCAGUCGCCUCAAUUCAGGACAUCACUGUCACCUACUUUGCACAGACUUCAAAGGCUCUGGCUGGUAUGUCGAAGCAGAUGGAGGAGGAUAAGUCUCGUUUUGGAGCUGCUGCCUGGGCGUCUGCAGCCCCACGACUGGAGAAACUGCGCUUCCUUUUGGCCAAAGAAACCCUGCAGCAUAUGAGAGCUACGGAGAUGUGCCUUAACCGCAAGAAAGACGGCAUCAGAGAAAGGUUUGGCUGCCUGUCUGGCAGAGUCAAGAGCCACAGAACUGAUCCCAGGUCAGCGUCUGAGGACGACCAGCAGCAAGACACAGUGGACCAGCUGGAGAUGAAAUUCUACGAAACCCAACUGGAGCUGUACGACACCAAGUUUGAUAUCCUGAAGAACGAGGAGCAGCUGCUGGUGGCUCAGAUAGACACGCUGCGACGGCAGAUUAGAGAGCUGAAGGAGGAGGUGGUGUACUACGAUGUGUGUGAGGAUCAGGAGGAGCUGCAGAGCAUGGUCCACACAGGUAUCCAACACACCGACCCUCCGGCUGUCACUCAGCUCAAAAGACGCCUACAGACCUUGGAGACCAAGAGAGGCAACAUCUGUGCCCGGCGAGCUUAUCUCCGCAACAAAAAGGAUCAGUGCAUGGAGGCCAACGAGCAGAAGCAGCUGCCCGCCAAGCAGAGCUCCAUACUCUUCAAUCAGCAUCAUCAGGUCCACCUGAAACGAGAGAAGAGGAAAGAGGAGGAGCAGACGAGGAAGCUGUGGGUGGACCAGGAGCGAGAGAAGACUCUGAGCAGAUUACGAUCCUUCAGAGAGAGGCGACCGGGCCAGUACAUCCUGAAGACUCCUCAUUCCAGGAUGUCUCCUCCAGAAGGGUCGUGUCCCUCCCAGCCGCUGUCUAUCAUCAGCCUCGGCCCCUCUGAGGGACCCCCUUCCAUCCGUCCUGCACCCAGACGCAAUAAAACACCCAAGAAACAGCAGCCUAAAGACAUCCCUGUCCAGAUCUACUCUGCACCGCCACCUCCAACGAGAACCUGCCCUACUGAGCCUCCUCCCCCGCCACCACCACCUCCACCUCCACCUCCACCUCCACCACCACCACCACUGCCCCCUGCCUUUCCUCCUCCACCUUUCCAAGCUUCACCUUCCUCUGAAGACACACCGAUGCCUCUCAGUGAGAAAGAGGCCCCUCCUUUUCCAGCCAAGAACAUGCUCAAACAAAACCUAGGAACAAUGGACGAAGUGUUGGCCUCAUUGCAACGCGGACUGAUUCAGCUUCGAAAGGUCCCCGUCCCCAAGACAGCGUCCACUGCUGGGGACCCGAGGACCGGUCUGAUGUCUGCCAUCCGACACGGAGUUACGCUGAAGAAGGUGGUUGCUUCUCGUGCAGAAGUCCAGGGCGGCAGUGACAACGACCUGGAGCGCAGCAUCAAAGCCGCCAUGAUGAGGAUGAAGAAGGUGGCAUCCGACUCUGAUGAGGACGACAGAGGAGACGACGAGACGCACAGUGCAGACUGGGACAGCUGAGAACACACACACACACACACACACAUACAGAUGAAGCUGUACUCUUACAUUUACCCCGCUCUGUUCUCUUCACGGUUGUGAGCUACAGCUUACUUUGCUGCCAAAAAGUCACAGAUGAGAUUACGCCUCGUCUGACUUAAACAUUGCCUUUUUCAAAAUAGCCCUGAGAUGUUGUAAUACAUCCAGAACCGCUCAAAUCCAACCAACCAGCUAGUGGCAGAAUCAGGAUUUAGUUUCCUUUAAAGCAGCUGUUUCUUGCAGAAAUCCCAAACUGAGCGAUUGAGGCUUCAGCGCUCAUUAAGGAGAAAAGCCAAGCAGUAGUGCUGUAGUACAAUGUGUACAUGAUUGAAUUUCUCCCAACUCGCCCUCUGAAGGCCUUUUGUGAGGCUGUCACACAGCAGGGGAAGCCUGUGCUGCAGGCAGAGACCACUACACAACUCCACUGUCACAAAUUAACAUUUUCCCACAUUAUUGAGUCUAAACUUUCUUAUUUUGAAUGUAAUUAAAGGGACUAUUUGUAACUUUGUAAGCGUAUAAAUGUA